CGAAGUGUCAGUUUCCAUUGAACUGCAAUCGCGGAAGCAUGGCGAGAUCAGAGCGUCCGAAGCUUGUUAUCAGCCUACUCUGGAGUCUUGGUGGCUUGCUAAUCAGCUUGACCCCGACUGAUUCAGCGCAGAUUCCCGGAAGGUCUCUUUCUCAGUCUCACUUCACCGUACAGGCGGUAGAGAGGCUAUACAAUAAAGUUCUGGACUCCACCAUCGAGGAUGCCCGCCUGCGACGGCAGCACCUGAAUGACAGCGACGCCAUCGACCAGCAGUACUUUGAUAAUCUGGACACGAUCACCGGAAACGAGGACUACUACAGCACAGCCUACUACAUCUUUGCCUGGAUCAACAGCCAGCUGAUGGCCCACCAGCCUGCGGACAAACUUCUGGAGGAGAUUCUGCCCGGCGAAAAGGUUCUCAUCAGGAACUUUUUUGCCAGGGUCAAGGUUCACUUGGUGAAGUACCUACAAGUAAGUCACCAGAACAGGCCGGAGUUUAUCGCCAAUGUCACUCGCUUGGCCGGAGAAACGGAGGACCUUCUGAUCGAGUCCUACCUGAGAUUCCCCCACAACCUGCAGUCCCAGCUCCCAGAACUGCAGCUAAUGGACUAUACAAAACUAGCCAAGUCUAUCUUCGAGGGCAUAGCUACAGGUAUUUGGAGUGGUUAGUGUGGUGUAGUCUCUCCUCAUCCAAGAUUAGGAAUUAAAUUAAACACUUCUAAUCAUUAAGAAAUAACAAAAAUAUAAUAAACUGAAUAUUUUAUCCGAAAAAGAA